AUGCCUUUCAAACUCAGUGCCACAUUAAGGGGGCACGAGCAGGAUGUCCGUGGAGUGGUUGCACCUUCAGACGAACUUGUAGUAACUUGCCUGAGAGAUUCUACUACCAGAAUCUGGUUGCCACCAUCAGACAGCAAGCAAUCACGUUUUGUUUCUGAUCGCACCGAGCCAUUGAUCGUGUUCCAUUCGCCAAACAAUAGUUUUAUCAAUAGUGUGACCUAUAUAGACUCUAAACAGCACGAACCACUCAUUGCCAGUGGAAGCCAGGAUGCCAUUAUUUAUUUGUCAGAAGUGGCUGUUUCAGACCGAAAGCCCGGAGACGACACGGGAAAAUACCAAUUGAUAGGCCACGCCGGCAAUGUCUGUGCUUUGGAAUAUAAAAACAACCAGAUCAUUUCGGGCUCAUGGGAUUGCACUGCCAAGGUGUGGGAUUUGGAUACCUUAUUGGUGAAGUACGAUCUUGUUGGUCACGAGUCCUCAGUGUGGGAUGUCAAGAUUUUGGACAACGACACGUUUUUAACAUGUUCUGCUGAUAAGAGCAUCCGUCUCUGGAACGGAAAGAAAGAAGUGCAACGUUUCAGCGGACAUACAGAUGUAAUCAGAAAAUUGUUAGUGUUUCCAGAUGGGUCAAGAUUCGCAUCUGCUUCGAAUGACGGAACUGUUAAACUCUGGGACUUGAAAUCUGGCCGUGUCUUGCAGACAUUGCACGGCCACGAAUCGUUUGUAUAUGAUUUGACUCUUUUGCCUAAUGGAGAUCUUGUUUCUGUAGGUGAAGAUCGUACCAUUAGAGUUUGGAGAGAUGGCUCUAUUUUGCAAGUCAUCACUUUGCCCUGUAUCUCAGUAUGGUGUGUUGCAGCUCUCCCUAAUGGCGAUAUAGUUGUGGGAGGCUCGGAUAACAUAGUGAGAGUUUUCACGAGAGACCUGUCUCGAAUUGCUUCAGAUGAAGAAAUUGCAGAGCUCGUGGAAGCAGUACAACAAUCAAGCAUUGCUGAACAAUCAUUGGACAAUUUGAAGAAGACGGAUAUACCUAGCUAUGAAGCCUUGGAACGUCCAGGGAAACAAGAGGGUGCAACCAUUAUGGUGAAGAACCCAUCUGGUGUGAUAGAAGCCCAUCAAUGGUCGGGAGGGGAGUGGGUCAAGAUUGGUGACGUGGUUGGAUCAGCCGGUUCUGGACAGAAAAAGACUUACAAUGGCAAGGAAUACGACUAUGUUUUUGAUGUUGACAUCGAGGAUGGUGCUCCGCCUUUGAAAUUGCCUUACAAUGUGAACGAAAACGCCUAUACAGCAGCACAGAGGUUCUUAGCCGAAAAUGAUUUACCAAGUUCAUACACUGACGAAGUGGUUAAAUUCAUUAAUAAGAAUACUGAAGGUUUCAGUAUCCAAGAAGCGGAUGAAGCUCCAACUUAUGACGCUUCGUUGAAUCCAUAUUCUGAUAGUUAUCAGCGGGAACAUAACCAAGAUACCAUUGCCUCAUCUAAGCCAAGCUUGAAAGUCAUUCCUGAAACCACAUAUAUUUCCUUCAAAGACUACAAGGAAGCUCAAUUGAUUGCUGGAUUAAAGAAACUCAAUUCAGAACAAGAUGAAAGUAAUCAACUAUCUGAAAGCGAUAUUAGCACCAUCUCUAGAAAUUUGAAAUUAUUAACUUCUAAGGAGUCUUUGCAAUUGAUUGUUGAAUAUAUUCCAAGAAUCAUAACUACGUGGUCUCCAGCAACUAGAUUGAUUGGUUAUGAUCUUUUAAGAAUUAGCAUACCUCGCGUGACGACCGUUGAUUUAUUGAGAUCAACUGAAGGUGCUGAGGCAGUAUUGAAAGCUAUAUCGUCUGGCUUAGAUGUAGCGGAUGCCUCUACGAUUCCUUUGUUGAUGAUGAUUUUGAAGACUUUGAAUAACUUGAUUGGGAAUACUUUGUUUGUUCAAUUGUACAUUGAUCCUAACGAGGACGGAACGUAUACCUACAACAAGUUCUUCUUGGACUUGCUAUCAACAUUGACCGCUAAGGUUAUAGACAUAACUGAGAAUGGCAAGUUCCACAAGCUCUAUAACACUACAGUUACUACUAUUGCAACUUUGUUGUACAAUCUUUCCGUGUAUCAUCUUCAAACUUCUGGCUUGAAGAAGAAUCCAAGGUCAUCAGAAUCGAUUGUUCAAUUCACUAACGAAGUUGGAGACCUUAUUGUUGAAUCCAACAGCGAAGCUGCCUAUAGACUAGCAAUAGCUUAUGGCAACUUGAGGUAUGCCAAGGCAUUUGAACCUGUACCAGAAUGGUUAAAUAAGGCUGGAGAGCUAUAUAUCAGCAAGGGCGAGCAGAGAUUUAUCGACUUGGCUCGCGAUUUGCAAAGCUUGUAAGGCUUAUUAAAAGUUGGUUUCUAUUUUAAUACACAAACAUUAUGU